AUGAGGAGCUUGGCUGCGGCCCCGCCGAGCGUGCGGGUCAGGGAUGCAUCCAAUGUGGUGCAGCAGCUGUCGAGUGACCCGCUGGCCAGGAAGGUGCAGCGCGGCGUGCCUGCCCGCGACCGAUGGAGCCUGUUUGUGUUUGCGCUCUGGGCCUGUGCCCCAUCAAUCUCAACCAUCAUCCCUCGAAUCGAACGGCUGCAGCCCACACCCGACAACCUUGAAUCCCAUCCAAAGAGGCACCCGAACUACUAG